ACUCACAAUUAAUUGCCCAGGUGAAAAAAUACGUCAGGGAAGCUCCCCUUCACUUCGCCCAUACGCCCACACAAUACAACCGCGACGUCCAACACAUCGCAAUCGAUCAGCUGUCGGCUCCUGUAUCAAUCGCGACAUGUCCAGUAAAACCGGCAAGGGCAAGAAGCCUGCCAAAGCCGGCACCGAGGACAAGAGGGAGGAUGUUCUCCAGGCCGUCAUCAUUGCAGACACCUUCCAGACGCGCUUCCUGCCAUUCUCGCUGGAGAAGCCAAGAUGUCUACUCCCCCUCGCCAACACCCCAAUCAUCGAGUACACCCUCGAGUUCCUUGCCAUGAAUGGAGUGCAGGAGGUCUUCAUCUACGCCGGCGCACACCAAGAGCAGAUCGAGAGUUACAUCAGGCGAUCAAGGUGGACAACCCUGUCCCGGGCAUGCCCCUUCUCCCACCUCGAGUUCGUCCGAGUUUCCGACGCCAGAUCCAUCGGUGACUUCCUCCGCGACCUCGACAACCGAAGCUUGAUCGAAGGCGACUUUGUACUCGUACAUGGCGACCUCGUCUCCAACAUCUCGCUGGAAUCCGCACUGGCCGCCCACCGGGCAAGGAAGGAGGCCAAUCGCGACUCCAUCAUGACCCUGGUUCUGAGGGAGGGUGGCCAAGGCGAGCACCAGACAAAGGUCAAGGGCAUCACUCCCAUAUUCGCCGUUGACCCCAGGGCAAAGCGGUGUCUGCAUUACGAAGAGAUGGAUCCCUUGCAGGCGGACCAUCACCUGACCCUGGACCCGGACUUGCUCAAGACACGCGAACUCGACAUCAGAAGCGACCUCAUCGAUGCCCAAAUCGACAUCUGCACCCCCGACGUUCUGGCGCAGUGGUCGGAGAGUUUCGACUACGAACUGCCCCGGGCGCAAUUCCUGCACGGAGUUCUCAAGGACUACGAGCUCAAUGGGAAAAUGAUCCACACGGAAAUUGUGUCCGAAGGCUACGGCGCCCGAGCCACCAACCUGCACAUGUUUGAGGCUGUCAGCCGAGAUGUACUCGGAGGUUGGGCGUAUCCAUUUGCACCAGACACAAACCUCGUCAAAGGCCACUCCUAUCAACGGUGGGAAGACAACGUUUACAGGGAAGACGACGUACACUUUGGCACGGACAGCCGUGUUCGUAACGCCGUCAUUGGCAGAGAUGUCCGCAUCGGAUCUGAGAGUGCCGUCAUUGGCAGUUUCAUUGGCCGCAACUGCAUAAUCGGCAACAAUGUGCAGAUUCGGGACAGUUUCCUCUGGGAUGACGUGACCGUCGAGGAUGGUGCAGUGAUUGAGCAUUCGGUCAUCGCAGAAUUUUCCCACAUUGGAAAGAACUCGCAGGUUGGUAAUGGCAGCUUGAUUGCAUCCGGUGUCAAUAUUAGCGACAAUAUUACACUACCGAAAGCAUCUGUACUUUCAACGAUCUCGGCUGAGGGUGUCUCCGUUGCAUCGGAUACAGAGCUGCUUGGACCACAAGGCAAGGGCGCAAAGUUCCACGACCCUGACUUCGAUGAGUUGGAUGACGACGACCCAUACCUACUCCAAAAGUCACUCAACUACUCUCUUGAUGGAUACGACCUGGACGAGUCUGAUGUGUCGACUUUGGCCUCGGAAGACGAGUAUGACGAGGAUGAUGACCAGUAUCUUUCCGCCGGAGGUGACCAAUCAAGAUCACGUCUCAGCUCCUUUGCUUCUGAUGACUCUUCCGGAGGCGCAUCCACGUUUGUAUCCGAAGCUGUGCAUGGACUUCUCGAAGUGCUUCGUGGCGAGUCUGGGGGCGAUUUCAGCUCGGAGAAACUAGAGUUCAUGUCUCUUCGUCUCGCAAGUAACGCCUCCGAUACGUCAGUACGCCGCGCAGUAGCCACGGCGUUUGUGCGCAGGGCAGUGGAGCUUAUGAACGCAGACGGUGGUGGUUUCUCGCAUGAUAAGGCAGCCGAAACCACUCUGACCGAACGCGAUGGAGCUAAGGAGUUCAUCAUUGAGGUUGGUGUCGGAAACGGGUCAAGGUCGGAGCAGGUUGAUUUUGCUGUCGCCCUGCAAAAAGCAUGUGUCAGCACCUCGAGGGUCAUCGAGAUUGCCAGCGCGGGUACACUUUGCGCCGCCUUUUUCAAGAACAUGUAUGAGCAGGAGAUCAUUGAUGAAGACGCCAUUCAAGCCUGGUGGGCAGACGAGAGAUCAUCCGAGAGCGACCCGAUGGUUGGCAUCCGCGAAAAGUGUCAGACCCUGGUGCAAUGGCUUGAGGAUGCCGAGGAAGAGGACAGCGAAGAAGAAGAAGAAAGCGAUGAAGAUGACGAGUGAACUAAAUGUUCCUAGAUUUGGCAUUUGCGCUGGCGUUCCAGGAAGAGGAAAACCCAAGUUUCUUCUAUCUAAUGUUGUUUUUUUCCGGGCAGUAUGCGAUAAUUUAGCAUUACUUUUGGAAUAAAGUAUAUUCUUGACCUCGAAA